AACUGGCGUGAAAAAAAAGAAUCCUGAUCCACUGACAUACAGGACCGAGAACCACUAAACCACACACACACACACACACACACUGAGUUUAAUCACUCUCAAACUCACUGAUACAGAGGAUUGUAAAUAUCCAGGCGUUUCCGGAUGAUACUGCAGGGGUUAAGAGGAUAGAAAUCACCGCUCGGGACGCUAAACGAGCUGCCUAUGGAGGAGGUCGGUGUCAGCGCUGCUGCAGUGCUGCCCGGAGCGCCUCAGCCCACGUUCUGCCGGACCGCUACGGCGUCCGAGCGUCGCACGCGCAAGUCCGGCUCGGCCAACAUCUUCCAGGGUGUGAACCUUCGGCAGCUCAGGCGCCUCUUCCACUCGGCGGGGGAGCCAGACGCCGAGCAGAAAGCCAGACAGGUGUGGAGGAACCGAAGAAGGGCCGAAGGAGACGAGGAGGACGGGGACGGAGACGAGGUCGAGGAGGAGGAGGAGGAGGAUGAAGGGCUGGCGCGGGCACUGGUGGGGCUCCGGGUGAGAGCGAGGAACCGCAGCGGGAUCCGAGCCGAGACGAACAGAGGGGCCCGGGCGUUUGGGCACAGCAGAACGAACGAGCGGACGCCAUCCGAGGCCACGGCCGACGACGACGUCACGGCUCGGGGAGCCUGCGGGGGGCAGGCCAAGUCAUGUGACCCGGCGGACGACGAAGACGUCUGGGCGACCCGGAGCCGGGACGAGAAAGAUCCGGAUCGCUACCUGCACCGAAUACGACACCGACACCGAAAACUAGAUAACUGCAUAACCGACACAAAGUAGCUGCGACACUAAACACGAGCCCACCAUUAAGGAGCCGAAACGUGAUGAACACUAUGAUGGAGAGACACUACAGAGCUGUUUACUGCUAAAUUACUCGUCACGUUGCUGCAACAAACACAUUCACUACAGUCCUAAAAACCUCACUGCAUUAAUUAACACUAAUUCAUCUAACACUGUCGGGCAUGUGCUGGUAAUCGGUUAUACCUCAUAUACCGUAUUCAUUUUAAAGCGGUACACUACGGGGCGAUGGUGCGUGGUGAAGAUGAAGCCCAAACUAAAGACGGUUUAAAAUGCUUCUCAAAGAAAAAUAAGCAAAUUGUAGCAAAAACAAUGUAAUUCCUGCACCUCGGUGCUUGGACCCCUAACAACCUGAAAACGUGUUUUGGUUCCAUAUUAUUAUUAUUAUUAUUAUUAUUAUUAUUAUUAUUAUUAUAAUACACAAUACUUAGUGCAGCUCUGAUAUCAGCACAUGCCAACCAGUGUAAUACUCCAAAUACGCUAUUUAAAUAAACACCGAGGGCUCGAGGUUGAUAUUUUCAGGGAUUUAAAAAAAGAAAAUAAAAUCCAGCCCGCCCCGGACCAGCGACGAGAGCAUCGCCCGGCGGAGGGACGGCGUCGCCGGGCUCGGCCUGGACGUGUAGUCGGAGCUGGAGCGCCUGGUAGUACUUGAGUUAAACGUCGUCGUCUUCUGUAGCACGUUAGCAAUAUUCGCAACAUUCGGAACGUGAUGAUGACGACGAUGAAGAAUAUGCAUCGAAAAAGCAAUCACGCAUUCUUCCACAUUAGUGUUGAUCACUUUUUAUAGUGUGCACCGAGAUAGAGAGUAAAUCAAUGGACUCGAUGAUGAUGAUGAUGAUAUGCGACAUUAGAGUAGUGUAGAAGUAAUAUCUAGCUUUACUUUAGUUUGUUUUUCCUCCUCCGUUCUGGAUCGAAAUAAUUAAAAAAAGUGAAAGAAAUUCUAAUAGCAAAUGUAGCUGGCUGUAUUUUCCGGACGUUUUAGAAAAAAAGGGUUCUUCGCGAGGUCUUCAGGAGGUUAAUGGUUGCAUCAGUUGAAACAAAGAACUCAAGAUUUCCAAAUGUAGCUUAUUAUUAUUAUUAUUAUUAUUAUUAUUAUUAUGAGAAACUGUUAUAUAAUUCCAAUAUGCCCAUUUUUUGGAGUAUUUACAGUAGCUACAUUACUCCAGGGAUUACGGUAAUUUGCACACUCAAACAACAGGGUUUGAGGGAAUGAGUUGUAGACACUAUUGCAUUAUGGGUAUUCGUCAAGGCUACGGAUUUAGUCCGCUAUUGUUUUCAGACCGUUAUAUUAAGAUCAGAGCUGUAGCGAAUCGAAUAACGGCGACACUAACAGGACAAAAACGUUACUGCACUACACCACCAGGGGGGCGUAAAGCGAUCUCUGACGUAUAGUGAAUUUACCGCAUGACUUAUAGUCCGGAAAAUACAGCACACGUCUGAUAUUACAGUAGUACCGUUAGAAAAGCGAGACUUGUUUUUAUAUUUUAAAACCGGGAUUUCUCGUCGUCGACGUAGCCGUAUUCUUACAUUUAUAAACGUAACGAUUUAUUAUAAUGCCUGUAUUGUUUUUUAUUUUAUUUAAAAAGAUGUAUUUCUACCUUCACUACAUGCAGUGUAAUUGUUUGUUGUAUUUUUGUGUCAAGUUGUGAACUUGUGAUGAAUGAAUCUGCUAUUAAAAACAAACAAACAAACAA